AUCUUGGAUCAUUUUUCACGGGUUGUUGACACGGGGAGCUCCCCAGCCGGUUGUGAAAGUGUUUUGUCCAUCAAAAAUCGGUUUGCAAUUAUUAAAUGAAUAUUAAUUAGGGCCCAUUAACAAAUUCACAAGUUAAUAUCGAUAUCAGUUUAACGGAAAGAAAUGUAAUAAGAUUUAAGAAUUUUCAUAGUCCGUGAAAAAAUUCAUGAAAAGGAGCGUCUAUCACAAGGCACUGAGGAACAUUUUGCUUCACUUGUCAGACUUGGAAGGUACUUUCAUCUGGUUUAUAUAGAUAUUGCGAAUUUUUGGAGUUUUUAAAUGAUUGAGCAGAGAGAAAUCCACGUUUUUGACAAUGGGCUGAAGUAUUAAGUUUUAAGGAACAAAUUAUAAUCAACUGAUUUCUGAGUUAUCCAGGUGAUAUCCUGGGGAAGUUGAAGAUGGCUACAGUGGAAGAGAAAAAACGUGUGGGUGGCACUAAAGUGUCCGCUAUCGCAAAUAUCUUCCAGUCAAAGCCACAAUCGGAAAAUUUUAAUUUUAGAUCAAAUGCAAUUCUCAAUGAUGGUUUUAAGGAACCACCUGCCCCUCUUAAAGAGUCACCAACUCAAGUUACUGUUGUGAGAACAGAAAGUCAUGUUGCACGAUUUAAUAAUGCUCGAGCUCUUUUUGAAAAAUUGGGCGAGGAAAACAAAUCCAAUCGACCUGCGGAGCGUGUCUCGAAGCCAACAAAUUUGCAUGGAUUACGUUCAAGAUCAAGUUCAGCGAAUUCCGGGUCAGGUUGUACGUCGCCAACUCGAUCGCCCCGUCCUCUAUCACCUUCGCCACCGGGUACAAGGGAUCACUUAAGUAAUUGGAGUGCCAGUGUACCAGCAUUAAAUGCCGAGCGACAUUUCGAAAAUGGACAUUCAAACGCCGUCGACAGUAUUACCGAUAGAUUAAGACCACGUGUGAGUUUUAAUAAAUUUGAAAAACACAGUGGCAAGGAAAAUCGUCUAGAUGAUCGUCCAGAGAAACCAGAGAAACCCGAGAGGCGAUUAAAUUCAAAAGAACUUAUUGAAAAGCAAAAAAAUUGGACAAGUCACUUUUCAAAAGCAAGACCAAGUAGAUAUAAUUCCGAUCCAAAUCGAUCUAUCGUUCAAUCAUCAUUGAAUCAAAAUUCAAAUAAAACAGAUGAAUCACAAAUUCAAAAAACAAAUCAAGGAAAAGAUUCAAAAAGAUCAAAUAAUGAAGGUGGUGUUUCAAUUUUAGCAACACGUUCCGCUAGUUUUUGUUCUGUUAGACGUACACCAUCAACAUCACCACCACCACCACUUCCACCCACUAGAAAUUCUUCCACUAGUAAUUCAAAAAAAGAAAGACCAGUCAGCAUAGGAUCAACAUCAUCGAGUCCCGAUUAUGAGAGUCCAGAAUAUGCUACAAUUAAUAAAUUUAGCGAUGCCUCGCCAACAAUUCCCGAAUAUGCUGAGGUUCAAAAAAAUGUCAAUUCUGACAAGAAAAAGAAUCAAGAGUCAAUUGAUAAAGAAUUUCAAAUUCAUUGUGAUGACGGUAUGCCGGAAUAUGCUGUUGUACAAAAGAAUGUUACAAAAAAUGUUGGGAAAAAUUCAAAUAAAAAUGUCAAUUCACAAUUGCAAAAAGAUUCUGAAAUAACAAAAACUAAUAAUAAAUGUGCCACUAGCUCGGAUAUUAUGAUAGCAAAAAAAUCAUUUAUUUCUUCAAAUGAGAAAAUCAUAAAUUCGAGUCCAAUACGAAGCGCUUCCUUGGAUAAUGUGAUUUCAAGUGGUGGACCAGUGAAAGAUGAUUAUUUGGACAUUCCUGAAUAUUCCAAUUAUCCAUGUGAUACAUCAAUAUCACCGCCUAAAACUUCUGAAUGGAAGAAUGAAUGGAUUGCAAAGAAUGAUGAGAUUCUUAAAAGUGUCACUGAUUUAACUAUGUCGAGUGAAGUUCUUGCUCAAGAAGAAGAAAAAGAAGAGCAACAACAACAACAACAAUUUAAUAAUGAAGUUAUUCGUACAGAUUCAAGGCCUGAUUGGGCAAAACCUUGUAUUGAUACUAUUAAAAGAAAAGAGAAUUCAAUGGAAGCAAAAAAAGAACGUGUUCGAUCACCGGACAGUGAAUUGAGACCCCCUUCGAGAAAUACGGACAGUGCUUCCUCGAGUAUGAGUUCUCCUAGUUCACCGUCAAAGGACAGUAAAGAAGAAAAAGCCGAGAAGGAAGUGUCUGAAAAAAUACAAACUGGACGAAGCAGUUACGAUCUGGAAACUGAGGAGACAGAAAAAUCUGCAGUCCACACUGAAAGAAUUUUAGACAAAGAUGAUAGUGGAGAAAAGGAAUAUGAAUUUUGUGAAACUGAUACAGCAACGGUUAUUAGACGAACACAUAUUCGAGUUGAGAUACCUGCUGCUGGAUUAGGUCAACGACCAGCUUCCGUAAUAAGUUCAGAUCAGGAACAUCCAUCCUUGGAACAUAAAGAAAUUCCCGUGCCAUCACCUUAUGCAAAACGAGUGCAACAAACACAGGAAAUACAAGUAAAAAAUAAAACUAAAAAUGAUUUCAAGCCAAGUAGUGUGGAUGUUAAAUCAUCAUCUGUUAAGGAACAAAAUACACAAAAUCUCAACACUUCAAAACUUCCUCAAGAUGGUAUUUAUAGGUUCCAACAGGCAACAGUGACUAAUACAGUAACAAUGGAAAAAUCAAGUUUUCCAGGUGAAAACAAAUCUUUUCCAACUGAAAUAAUAAAGGAUAAACAAACAACUGUUGAUCUUCAAUGUCAAAAGACAGUUGCCAAUGCCAAGAAUGACCAAAUAAAAGUUUCGGUACGCGAGAAAAUCGCCAAAAAUAAAGAGGAAGUUUCUGGGAAACGUGCAAGUUUCACGGAUCUUGAAAAUAAAACAGAUUAUGUAGAUAAAUCUAAUGCAAGUACAAAUCAGUAUUCAAAUAUAAAUCAGAGCAAUAAUUUAUUUAAGGAAAAUGACGAGAAAUGUAAUGUGACUGAUAAACAUUCGACAUUUGAUAAUUUGUCGAAAAAUAAUACUGAAAUUGAAAAAAUUAAUAAUGAAAUAAUAAUGAUGACAACAACAACAACGACGACGACGACUGAACAGAUUAUGACAAAAGUCAAUUCAACAAUUUCUUCAACUUUUGAUAUUGAUAAAAAAGUUGAGGAUUCAAUUCAAACAACUUGGGAACAGGAGAAACAAAAAGCAGAUCAAAUAGCAAAAUUAAGACAAUCGGAAAAUAAUUUAACGCAAACAACGCUUUUGACUGAUAAAACACAAAGUGGAAUAGCGUCUCCUUUAAAAAAGGAUUUAAAUGAUGAACACAAAUUUUCAAAUAAUAGUUUAAUUGAAGAUAGUGAUUCAAGUGAUGCUAAAACAGUAACUAAUAUUGAGAGUCUGCCAUCGUUGGAAACUGCAAGUUUCAAUGGACCUUUAGAAACAUCUGUGAAAUUAAAUACAAGUCAUGCAGUUCCUGUUACUCCAGAUACAAUGACACCCGAUGAAGCUGAGAAUCUUCUAAGCUCUCGAAUAUUGGAGAAAAAUAUCAGACAAGGUUCGGCGUUGCUGUCAGAUGAAGAAGCUCAGGAAAUUGCUAGGUUAUUGUCGCCAACAAAUGCUAAUGGAAUUGUUGCCGAAGAAAAGCCUGAUGAAAGAGGAGAGGAUAUUAAAGAUAAAGAGGACGACAAUGCUCCCGAUUGGCUCUCGGACGUUAUGUCAGUUCAAGAUUCCAGUGUCGUCAAUAGCACCACUCAAGAUUAUAGUUUGUCUCAUAGAUCGCGCAGUGAUUUGACAAUUGACUCAUUAACGGAAAGUCAAAUAGGAUCAGUGACCGGUAGUGAAAGUGGAUUAUUAGGAUCAGUUAGCAGUUUGAAUGACACUCAUGGAACUAAUGACGAUACCGAAACGGAACAACAGGAUGAUUAUACUCCUGUUCCUGGCAAAAUUAUUUUUGUGGAAAAUGGAGUGCAUUACUUUGAAGAUGGCCACUUUUGGAUGGAAGUUGCGGGUCUUCGAGAAUCAGAGGACGAAGAUGAAGAGCUACCCGAACCAAUACCAGUGAAGAAAUCAUCAAAAAUUACUUUUGACUCUGGACCAAUGCGUGUUUAUUCAACUCAUUCUGUUAGUGAAUACGAUCGUCGAAACGAGGACGUCGAUCCUGUCGCUGCAAGCGCUGAAUAUGAAUUAGAAAAGCGUGUCGCUAAAAUGGAGGUAUUUCCCGUGGAACUGAUGAAAGGUCCCGAUGGUCUCGGUUUGAGUAUAAUCGGCAUGGGCGUUGGAGCGGAUGCAGGUCUCGAAAAAUUGGGAAUUUUCGUGAAAACAAUAACGGAAAAAGGUGCAGCUGCCCGUGAAGGAAGAAUUCAAGUGAACGAUCAAAUUGUCGAGGUCGAUGGAAAAUCUUUAGUUGGAGUUACACAGGCUUAUGCUGCUAGCGUUCUUCGCAAUACAUCGGGACUUGUGAGAUUUGUCAUUGGCAGAGAAAAGGAUCCAAAAAAUUCCGAAGUUGCCAUGCUUAUUAGGCAGAGUUUACAAGACGAUAAAGAACGCGAAGCGAACAUGUGUGCUAAUAGGAGAUUGAAUUUCUCUGACAUGUCGCCUGAUGAUCGUCGUGGUGAAGAUGACGUUUCAUUAGGAACAGGAGGAAUUCCAGGAUCACCUGCAUUAUCCUCAUGUUCCGAAGGGGAUCCGCCUCACAGUCCGAUUGAGAAUUAUAUUUCGCUGGGAGAUCGUAGCCGAUCACCGAUUAUCAGCUCUUCUCAACCACCAUUGAAUUCUGGUACAACACAAAGUGACGUUGAUAGUCUCAGAAUGCUCCUGCAAGAGAGUCAGUAUAAACUUACUUUAGCGGAUGAAGAGGUAGAAAAACUGAAAGCAAAGUUGUUGGAACUUGAGAAUAAUGGAGCUGGAAGUGAGGAGUAUGCGGCAAAAUUACGUGAAUCUGGAUUACGACUUCGUGAAUCUGAAAGAACAUUGGGAACAGCUCGACAAGAUUUAUCAACAGCUCGCGAAAUGUUGAAUCAGGCGACUGCCCAAAGUUCAAUAAUACAACAAAAAUAUGCACGUGCCAAAAGACUUGCUCGUGAAUUUCGUGCCGAUAUUACUGCUCGCGAUGAAUUUUAUGAGCAAUUACUUCAAGAAAAAGAUACAGAAUAUAAUGCACUUGUUAAAAGUUUAAAGGACAGGGUCAUUACAUUGGAAGUGGAAUUAACAGAAACCCAAAGAAGAUUCGGUUUGCCAGUGAGAUUGCCUUACGAUGGUGCCACAUCGAAAAUUGUUACGCCUCAAUUAUCAAGACGUCAAUUACCGCCACCUCCUUCAUCCUCGAGUUGUCAGCUAUCGGACACUGAAACGUCAGAUCUUAGCAGUCCGGAUGACGGUGAUAAGACAGCAACUGUAGAAAGAAAACUUCCACUACCAAUUCCUGUCAAGGAAGAACUCGACAGAGCUGUCCCUGCUCAUCGACUGCUCGAUAAUUCUGCUGGAAAAAGUAAAGCCGAAUUGGCAAGUAGAGGAGGACUUGCAAAUCGACAGUUGCCAAAAAGAUCAGGAGGACUUAGUAACAGCAGUUCGGAUUAUGGCUUGGAUGAAUCGGGUGACAAUACUGAUGAUGAUUCUUCAUCGAAGCAUGCCGUGUCACAAGACAGUAGUAGUAGUAGAUCUCCAAAUGAUUCAGUGAUAUCAAAACAAUCGAAUUCAAGUUCCUAUUCGUUUACUUAUUCGCAAAAAAAUAAAAACAUGGAUUCAAUACAUUCAGCUGCAAUUCGACAACACAGCACAAUUAGUUCUCAAGUUCGUGCCAUGACUGAGCAAAGUUGGCAAACAUCACAAAAAUCCGGAUUAACUGGACCACCUGCGUCCUUGGCUGAACAAUUGAAGCAAGUUUUGGCUGAACGAGAAAGACGACUUGGAGGUAAUGACAUGUCAUCUUCAAGAGAAAGCUCAGGAGACUUUAGCGAUUUAAAUAAUCCACAUUCUAAUGACCCAACCCUAGUCACUCAUAAUUUAGUUGAGGAAAUUAGACAAGCCGUGAGCGAAGCUAAUCAAAGAGGUACGCAACAAAAAGCAAAAAAAGUGCCAAUACCUUCACAAACUUUAAUGGGUGCCGGACACACACCCUGGCAUCAUCCAAGUGGAUCACCGUCCAGUUUGUCAUCUGGUGGAUCUAUUAGUCCAACAGCUGUUGAUCCAAGUCCUUCAAAAAGCGAUAGUGCAGACUCGAGCGAAGUUUGGUUACCACCUCACGAGUUUGGUUUGGGUGAUAAAAGUUCACAUUUUUGGCAAAGUGCACCAAUAACCGACUGGUCAAAAGAACAAGUGUGUCAAUGGCUAACGGGAAUAGGCCUCGAAAGAUAUGCUCCACGUUUUAUUGAGGCUGGUGUUUGUGGCAGUACACUUUUGCGAUUGGAGUCUCGUGAUUUGAAAGCACUUGGCGUUUCACGUGAGGUAAAAGAUCAUUUAAAACGUAAAUUAAAAGAUUUGCGAGCGCAAGCGGAUCGCGAGCGUAAAGAACGAAAGGAAAAGGAACGUAUGCGACGAAAAGCAGAAAAAGCGGCACGGAAAAAAUAGCCCCACGAGAAUGUCAAGUCAGACUCGUUUUACUCUUGAAGCGAAAUUAAAACGAGGCUGCAUUUUUUUUUAUUAAUAAAAAAAAGCCCCCACCCAGCUUUGUACAAGUUUUGCUAUUAUCCUUUUGUUAUUUAUAUAAACAAUUUUUUUUAUAUUGUUGAUUAUUUUAAUUGAAUGCAGACAAUUUUUUCUGUUGAAUGCAAAUUAUUUUUUAAAUCUUUGUAUAGUGUUCGUUUAAUUUAAAAAAAACUAUUUUUUGCCAACGUAUCAAAUAUACAUUAAUUGAUUACGUUUAAUUUUAUUUUCAAGAAAAUAUCACUCCAAGUAUUUUUUUUUUAUUGUUUUAAUAUUAUGUUUGGUAUUCCAAACAAAUUUGGGGUUUGAAAGAUGGUUAUUUUCAUAAUUUUAUAUUAAUUCGUGGUUGCCAGUGCAUUUAAUAGUAAAAAAGAAAGAAAGAAAGAAAGAAAGAAAAGAAAAUGCAAAUAUUGAAAAUAAAAUGACGAGUACAUAAAAUUUGUUUAGCGAUUAAAUUCGCUUGAAUACGUGUAUGAUAAACGUAUGUGUGUAUAGGUCUUUACAUACGAAGAUGUGUAUAUUUUAAAGCUGUAGCCAUAUACCUAUUAUUAUUAUUACAUAAAAUUGUAGUUAAGGUAUGAUUUUUUUUACAAGAUAAAUACUCUCGUGGCACGUAUUCGUGUUUUGAGACUGAGACAAUGAGAAUUGGAUGUUGUCUGAAAAAGAAAAAUCAUAAAAAAACAUCGUUUAUUUAUUUUUUUGAUUAAAUAAAACUGACAAAAAAUGUCAGUUUCUUCGUGUAAUUGUAAUUCUACAUAUAUAUAGUAAUAGAAUAAUAAUGUAAAGUUUGAGCGGCGUGCCUUUUCAUAUGAAAUCGCCGCCGGUUACGAAUGGCUGUCAUUUUCCCCCUAAUUCGUAACUGUAUUUUAUCAUCGAAUUCUUUUAAUUCUAAAAAGAAUGGAAAACAAAAAAACAUACUAUAAUAUUAGGCAUAACCGAGCAUUUUUUAUCGGCUGUGUUUCUUUUAUUUUAAAUUUUGCUCAAUCUUACAUAUUUCAUAUCAACGACCAUGGCUAAAGAAAUUUUAGCACUGGGUCGAGAGCCUAUGAAUUUUUGAGACCCAGAUGUCGUAACCAACUUUUUCACAAAUCGCAUCCCCCACACGCAUUUUUUUUUUUUUUUUUUUUUUUAAAUCGAUUUUAAUUAAUUUUAGACAUUCCACUCUAGAAUUGGAAUAAUUUUUCACGCGUGUAUGUAAUCUUUUUUGCUCUUUAAUCAUCGGUUAAAUUGUUAUUUAGAAGAAUAUUGAUAUUGUAAAGAAAUAUUUGUGAUAUUUCAACCAUGUGACAAAAAUUAAUGAUAACGUAAAAAUUUUUAAUGAAUAUACAAAUUUUUCAAAAAUAUACAAGAAUUUCAUAAAAAAAAAAUAAGAAUAAGAAUUUUUUAAAUAUGAACUAAUUUAAUAUAAAACAAAUUCUCUAAAUAUAUCAAAAUGAAAUCGAUGGUCAAUAAGAGAUUAAUCUAGUAAAGAAUGCUAUUUAAAAAAAAAAAAUCUUUUCUAAUUUAAUAAUAUUUGAUGUGUGGGUCAUGCUGUAAUUUGUUGUACAACUUUUCAUUUUUAAUCAAGAAGAGAAAGUACGAAAAAUUUGUCAAAGCAAGCAAAAACAAUAA